AUGGAAGAAUUGAAACUCAAGUUAUUUAAAAUUGGAUUUUAUGGCACAGAAAUGAAGAAUUUAACAAGUGAUGAACAGGAAUUAGCAUUAAAAGCAGACUUUAUUGAAAUAAUCACAAAGGAAACUCUUAAUCAUUUAAAAUCGAAUUUUACAAAUGAAGCACUUCCUAAUACAACUGAUAUCACAGAGGAAACAAUAGCAAGAUUGAAUAACUAUAUGUGGAGAAACAUAGGAACAAACAACAAGUUUUCAUUUAAUACAGAGUUUAACUUUAGAAUAUUAAACUACAUUGUUUGUAAUGAAGGUGAUAGUGAAGGCUGGAUUAACACAUUAGACAUAAGAAAAAACCUUGAAAUUGAUCCCAAAAGAGUGUUUUAUUUUAUAAAAAUUGCAAAGAACAAUAAUUUAGUAGAAGAGAAAAAAGUUAAUCAUGAAACGUUUAUUAGGUAUAUUGUUUUUAAAAAUAAUGAUCCAUUAAUUCAUGAAGGACAAGAUGAAUCAGAUAUUAAGGAUGUUUUUGGACCAUCAAUUUUAAAUGAAAGUGGAAUGGCAGAGAAAAUAAUUAUUGCAAGAAAUAAGCCAGUUUACUACACAUAUUAUGAUAUAAUUAAAAAUACCACAGAGGGAGUAACAGCCUCCACUAUAGCUGAAUCAUUUGGAGAGACAGUUAAAGGAUCAGGUAGAAUGUUAUCAAAACUUAUUUCUAAGAACAAAGAAUUUAAAGUAUGUAGUGAGGUGGUCUAUAAAACAACAACUAAUAGAAUCUUUACUAAAGAAAAUUAUGAGAUUUAUUUACAAAAAAAGAAGGAUAGAAUUAUGGGAGUGGACACAGAUUAUGAUAUUGAGAAUUUGUCAACAGCUGAUAGAAAAUUGUUAAUACAAAAAAUGGUUGAAAAGUAUGGAGCAUUUGCAUUUGAUAAGGAAAUUUUAGAAGAAAUGAGAGAAUUGUGUGGGUACAAACAUUCAUUUGAUAAUAAAAGUCUGUUAGUUAUAGCAAGAACAAUGGAUAAUGUUAAAAUAUUUGAUGUUGAAGAGGGUAACAAUGUUAAACACGUAUUAGCUAGAAGUGAUCUUGAGAUCAAUGAUUUAGAAAUUCAAGAUGCUAUAUUACAAUCAUCAUAUCAGUCAAGAGUUUUGAGUGAUUUUCAAAUUAAGAUUAAAAAAUUCUUUUUACAAUCAGAGAGAGUGGUUUAUAGGGACAAUGGAUAUCCUGCUAAUGAAGCAGGUUCUUUGUAUAAUUUUUACAACUUUCUUAAAUCAAAAGCAGAUGAAAAUGGCAAUGUAAAAUUUUUCUUUAACAUGAUAUUGAAAAUGACUGUUAAGGAAUAUGCUUCAAUUAACAAGAUAUUGAGACUUCAUUUUAAACAGUUAUUAGCUGCUCGUCUUUACAAGAGUUGUAACAGGGGUAUUAAAGAGUUGUUUGAAUUUAAAAAAUUUAAAGAUGUUUUUUUUACAUUUGAUAUCUUUGUUGACGGUGAUUAUAAGAAACACAUUCAAGAGCUUGCAGCCAUGUUAGAUGAUAUCCAAAUCAGUUCUUUUUACCACUUAGCUGGUUAUAAAACUCGUCAGUUCAUAAAGUAUAUUAGUCCUAACCAAUAUUCUAAUAAGAUUAAAUCAUUAUCAUACAUGUACAAUCUACUUGAAUAUGAAGAAGUUGAUGGAUAUUUUAAUAUUAAAAUAUUAAAUAUCGCUGAAAGAGAGAAAGAUUUAAAACAGUCUAUUGUUGAAAUUCCACACUUAUAUUAUCCUAAUCGUAUGAAAUUUGUUGACAGAAUCAUUGAUUUUGAUGAGAGUGAAUUUAUUUCAAAAGCUAUUGAAGAAGCACAAUCACUUAAGUCAAAUGAGGCAAUUCAAUUUUAUAUGAAUUUAAUUAAGAGUUUUUCAAAGGUUCAUUUAUCUGAUGUUAAGACAUUUAAUAUUUUAAAUAAAAGUAACAAUCUUGGAAAGAGAGCUGGUUUAAUGUUAAAGAAUCUCUAUAAAAGAAUUAAGUAUGAAUUAAUGAUUAAUCAAUUUCUAUGUAUUGAUGAUUUAAAUAACAUUGCCAAUGCUUCCAACUCACAGGUGUAUUUAUUAGAUGUAAUGAACAUGCUUAAAUCAAAAUCAAUUAUUGGUAAAAUAUUUGCAAAUAACGUUAGUAAGACUUCUAUAUCAGUAUCUUUUAAAAAUAAGUUUAAAAUUAAAAAUGAUAGGACUGGUGACAUAACUGUUUCGGCUGAAUUAGUUGAUGAUCGUCAAUAUUAUGACAUCUUCUAUCCAACAAUUAGUGAUUUUGUAGAAGAAAUGGGUUCUAUUGACUUGAUUGAAUUAACUAACCGUUUAAAGUAUUUAGAAAAUUUUGAGUUAGAAGAAUUCUUUCAGAUUUAUUCUGAAGAGUUUACUCUCAACAAAUAUGAUUCAUUCACUGUUAUUUCUAAGGAGAUUGAUAGCAAGAACAUUUUUAAUGACUUUAUGUAA